AAUUUUACAGUUUAGCACUUACGUUUCCCGCUCUUGUGUACAAUUUGAAUUUGGAACAGUCAACCGGAGUCCGCCUUUUUGAACAGUGGCUAUUUAAAAAUAAAAGUGUUGUGCCUAUUUUGAGGAUUUACGUUGAUUGCAAAGUUGAUUUUUUUAUCAUCAUGGGUAAAGACGACAAGGAAGAGACCGGCUUCGGGUUCAAGGACAAGGCGAAGGCUGAGGAGACGCUGCGACUCCUGGAGGAGCAUGAUAUGAACUACAGGCGGCUGACGGUCAGGGGACUCCUCGGCAGAGCGAAGCGGGUGCUGUCGAUGACGAAAGCGGAAGACAAAAUAAAGAACAUAAAAGAAGCGAUGGAAGUGUUUGAGAACUGGCUCGCGGACCUCGACAAGAACAAAGAAAAGAAACCAGAGAAGAAAGAUAAGGAAGAUAUAAAAGAAAAGAAAGAUAAAGGGAGUGAUAAGGAAUCGAGUCCAGACGUUGAAAUGGAAGAGAAGAAAGAGAAGAAGGAGCUCCCACCAGACACAGUUCCUGGACUCGGGUUCAAGGACAAAGACACCGCUGAAGGGACACUUAAGGAGUUAGAGGGAAGAGAUCCUGAUUACCAGAAAUUGGCUGUGAAAGGACUUAUAGGGAGAGCGAAAAGAGUCCUUACUUGCACAAGAGACGAGACAAAACUAUCAAACAUAAAGGAAGCGAUAUCGAUAUUCGAGAAGUUUCUGGACGAUUUCGACAGCAUGCACCUAAGUAAGCAGAACAACCUGUACCUCAGCCUGGGCAUCGUGAGGACCGCGGAGAAGAUGGCCGGGGAGGACGUGACAGAGCAUCAGAAAGCGUUCAUAGCAGCAUACAGUUCAGUGAACGGAGAAUACAAACGUCUGAGGACCGUCCAGGAGACGGAGGGCGGGAAAACAUGGGACAUCGUCAGGAACGUGGCACUCAAGGAGCUUAAAGAGAAGCACCAAGACGCAAAACUGUUCAACGAAAAAGACGAACCAACUAAAGAACAUCUUGAGAUGCUUCUCUGGGCGUACUCUCCAGAGCCGGCGAGGGUCAAGAAGACCGUACCAGAGCUGAAGGAAGACAGGAAGAGAAGAAGCAGCGCCGCGGACGAGCGCGAGGAGUCGCCGAGCAAGAGAAAGAAGGAAUAAUUUAAUAAAUAUUUGGAUGGUU